AUGGGAUUUGAUCUUGCGUAUUUGGAAGAAAAAUGGGGAACUUAUAGAGGUCUGCUAUUUUAUUUAGUCCUCCUUUUGCCUGUAGCAGCUCAUAUGCUGCUGUCGCGAAACAAGAGGCAAUUGGCGGUUUCAAGCGAAGAAAAUAUACCAAAAGAAAAAGAGAACGUUAAGCAAAAGAAACAGAUGAAAAGGUUUACUAGGAAGAACAUGAAGAGUAGACCUAUUCAGUCGAAUUCUCAAAAUGAAAUUGAUUUGCAAAACUCGCCAAUUUGCAUCUUCUAUGCUACUUUAGGAGGGACAGCUCAACGAUAUGCAAGUGAGGUACAUAAAUUACUGUCGACGAAUCUUCAAAGGGAUGACUUGCAAUUGCUAAGUUUAGACUAUAUUGAUUUGGAGGAAUAUUUCCUUUACUGUCCGGAAAAUGCCGUUUAUCUUAUUAUUCUACCCUCUUAUGCCAUUGAAAGUAGUAUUGAUUUCUAUUUAUCUACGUUACGUGAGACGUUUUACGAUUCUCGCGUUCAAAAAAAUCCCUUAGAAAAAAUGUCAGGAUAUGCUGUGUUUGGACUCGGUGAUAUGGACAAUUAUCCUGGUGACAUGUUUUGCUACCAAGCUAUUCAAACUGAUAAAUGGCUAAGCAAGCUUGGUGCUUCAAGAAUUGCUCCUAUGGGUGUCACAAAUUCACAGUUAGCUCCAGCAACACAAAUUGACAUCUUAACUCAAUGGACAAAUUCCGUUAUCGAAAAUAUGAAAAAAGGAACAUUGCUGCGCCCUAUGGAUGAAGGAGAAGGGAAUUCCGAAGUAAUGGAUGUUGAGGAUAUGGGUCCAAUGAUGGCGAAAGCCAAGACAGAAUCUUCGUUGCCGGUUGGUACCAAGGAAAUGGUUUCGACGGUAUCCCCUACUUAUAAGUCACUAACAAAACAGGGAUAUAGUGUUGUUGGUUCUCACAGUGGUGUCAAAAUUUGUCGAUGGACGAAAAAUGCAAUGCGUGGACGCGGUUUUUGCUACAAAUACAGCUUUUAUGGUAUCCGUAGUCAUUUAUGUAUGGAGGCUACGCCCAGUUUGGCUUGUGCGAACAAGUGUACAUUUUGCUGGCGCCACGGCACAAAUCCAGUCGGUACGGAGUGGCGUUGGAAAGUUGAUCCUCCGGAGUUAAUUAUGAAAGGAAUUCUCGAUUCACAUUAUGCGAAAUUGAAAUUGAUGCGAGGUGUACCGGGGGUCCGUCAAGACCGUUUUUCGGAAGCUUCUCGAGUGAGGCAUUGUGCAUUGUCGCUAGUGGGCGAGCCCAUUUUCUACCCAUAUAUAAAUGAAUUUGUAGGAAUGCUGCACGAACGCGAGAUAUCUUCCUUCCUUGUCACAAAUGCACAGCACCCAGAAGCAUUCCGGAAGAUGGGAAUGGUGACUCAACUAUAUGUGUCGAUUGAUGCCAGCACCAAACAAAGUCUCAAGUCGGUAGAUCGGCCAUUGUUUAAAGACUUUUGGGAACGAUUGCUGGCAUGUUUGGAGAUUUUACGCGAAAAGAAGCAAAGAACGGUGUAUAGAAUGACGUUGGUGAAGGGAUUUAACAUGGAGCAAAUCAAAGAAUACACAGAACUGAUACGCUUGGGUGUUCCCUGUUUUAUUGAGAUUAAGGGAGUUACCUACAGUGGAAACUCAGACCAAUCGCCGUUAACGAUGAAAAACGUACCAUACUAUGAAGAGGUGGUGGACUUUACCAAGAAGUUGAUUGAAAAUAUAGACAAGUACUUGGGAGAUCUGGGUGUCAAGUACGAAAUUGCAGCGGAGCAUGCUCACAGUUGCAGUUUGUUGGUUGCACAAACGAAAUUCAAAAAGGACGAUGUAUGGUACACCCACAUUGACUAUGCGAAAUUUUUUGAGUUAUGGCGUACAAAAGAAGCAUUUGAUCCAUUAGAAUACAUUGCACCCACCCCAGAGUUUGCCUAUUUUGGCCAGGGAGGAUUUAGUCCUGAAGAUGUUCGAUUUGUGCGAAAGCAAAAGAAUAGAAAUCGACCAGAGGCGACGCCGGCGACUACGGCAGAUUCAGGAAUUGCUGCUUGA